ACAAACCUUGCACUGGUUUGUGUGCUGUUGUGAGGAAGUGUGGCACCAGAGAAUUAGGAGUGCGCAGAAGUCACUACUCAGGCUACCGCCACCAGCGAGCGCGCUCACGACACGGCAUUACAGUUACAAUAUUAUUAUUAUUAUUAUUAUUAUUCUUCACUUGGCCAACAACAACAGCAAGGCCAACGCCCCUGAUUCCGGGCGGCUUGUGAUGUGGAGAACACACCACAAGCACUGUUCGUCAGCAGAGUGACCUCCCUUGACUCUUGUGUAGAAACAAAAUGGCGAAUCUUUGGGGCAGGUUCUACGAUAGCAUUUGGAAUGAGAAGUUUUGGCUUGGAGAUGAUGCGACGUGGGAUGACUUUGUCAGCGAUGAUCCUUCUGUUUACUAUCCAAAGAUCAGUCACAUGAACUGGUCGAUAGCUGUUGGAGUAUUGUUGCUUUUGGUGAGACACUUGUAUGAAACUUACCUGAUCAACCCGUUUGGCUACUGGUUGGGCCUGAAGGAGAGGAAGCACAUCCACUUGGUGGAGUCUCCAGUUUUAGAAGGCGCCUACAGAAAGUUUGGAUGGAGAGUGAAGAAACAUGAAGUCCAGAGUCUGGUCAAACAGACAGACAUGAGUGAGAGACAAAUAGAGAGGUGGUUGUUCAAGAGGAGGAUCCGGGAGAUGCCUUCCUCCAUGUACAAGUUUAGAGAGUGCAGCUGGCAGGUCCUCUUUUACACAGCCUCAUUUGUCUGGGGAAUGUACGCACUGUGGGAUAAACCUUGGUUGUGGGUGACAGUCAAUUGCUGGGUUGGCUGGCCUAAGCAGCAUAUAGAUAAUGACAUCUUCAUCUUGUAUCUGCUUGAGCUGAGCUUCUACUGGAGCCUAUUGUUCGCCGUGCUCUUUAGACAAGACUACAAGAAAAAAGACAAAAAUGAGAUGGUCCUGCACCAUGUAGUGACCAUCCUACUGCUGUAUUUCUCCUGGGCGGUCAACAUGGUCCGUGUGGGUUCCCUGGUCGUUGUGGUGCAUGAUGUAGCUGACCCAUGGCUCAAUAUUGCCAAGAUGGCAAAAUACGCCAAAUAUCAGACAACAUGUGAAAUCUUCUUUGGCAUUUUCAUCUUAAUAUGGAUAAUAUCUCGGAUAUUUGUUUAUCCUUUAUGGGUGCUGAAUGCAUCUGCUGUUGAAAUCCAUGAUUAUGUGACCACGUUCCCUGCGUACUGGUUCUUCAAUGGACUGCUGUUUGUGCUGCAAAUGCUGCACAUCCUGUGGACCUACCUGAUCCUCAGCAUUGCCUUCCAGAAGUUCACGCUGGGCACUAUUGAAAAAGAUAUUCGCAGUGAAUCAGAUGGUGAGAUCAGCGACUCCCCAGUUGAGGAGGCAGCACCUGUCAUUGGAGAGAAGUCAGCAUCUGGGGUCAACGGCAUCAGGCAGGGCACAGCAGCGGCUCACAAGAGACUCUGAGAGGCUGGGGGUCAAGGGUGGUUAUGUCAUGCCGGUGGUCUGUCUGACGUCGUUUGUGUACAAAUGUCACUGUAAUCAGGGGCGUGAGAUGUAGUCAGAAUUGAGGGCUCUAUGGAAAGGACAUGCAGAGUCGCAUUUUAAACUUUUCUUAGUUAUUUCUUCCUCUCUGAGUAUUGUUAAGAAACUUUGUUUAAAAGAAAUUUUUAUCUUUAGUAGCAUAAGUAUAAUACAUUUCUUUGAGUGGAGAGACUGUCCAUGUUCUAAAAAUGUCAAACCUGAAUUUUUUGGGGUUAUUUUAUUGUGACUUGGUCUGUUCUUUCUGUGGAGUCUUAGAAUGUUUCCCUCAGACUUGCCUUGGGCAUUGAUAGUAGUGCUUCUCAGAUGCGUGUCGAAAAAAUUUGUACAUGAUCAUUUUUAUUUUUAAACAGCCCUCCCCUUCCCUUCCUCCCAUCCAAGGAGCUAUGCUUAUCUUUGAAUGUCAUUGGUUUGAUGGUGGUAGGUCCAAGCUUGCCUGAGCACACUGCAGUGAACUAUACUUAUGGAAUAGUGGUCAGUGUGUGUGUAUGUGUGUGUUUGCCAAUAUCAUUGUUGCAUUUUUUUUAGUGUGAAAACCAGCAUAAACGUUUAUGUUUGUAUUGAGUCAAACAAUUCUUUCAGCUGUUUAUGAAGGCUUUUUGUUUUGAGCGCAAGUAAUUAAGAGUAUAAAGAAUGGCGAAGCUGCUUCAGCAGAAUAUACUUUUGAGUUCGCAAUCUUUGUAGAAAUUGUUCAGUCAUAAGGUAAUAAAAUUUCGGCCAGCUGUUAAAUUGUAAUAAACCUAAAAUUUUGAAAAGAGAAGUUUAUUUCAAUUUCUUAAUCUGUGGUAUCGGUUGCAUGUGCUCCAAAACAAAUUUCAAAUUUUUAAAAAUAAAAAAAAAAAGCUAUAAAAAAUACAUAAUUUAGCUACAAUUGUUUAAAAAAUAAUUAAACAUUAUUUGUAUCCCUCCUUUCUGGGCUUAGUACAAUUUAACAACUGCACAACAAAAGAAUUAGUCUUGUCCAGAUCUGCUGUGAGUCACUUUUGCCACAAAUUUCCUGAUCCUCAGAUGUGGCAGCGUGGACGCUUUUUUUCUAUAAUGCUGCACUGUUGCUUUGUUCCUUAUCUGUAUGGAGUGGCAGCAAGGGCUGUACACGAUUCCAUUGACUAUUGUUCAUCCCCCUACUUGAUGCGCAAUGGCUUUCGUGUGGUUCUACCCGUAAAUCGUGAGGUCAGAUUGUACAAGUUUGUGUCAGUACUUCAAGCAACACCUUCAUCCCACCUGAGGAACACUAUGCUCUGAGUGGAAAAACCAGCCACCUUCAGUUUGUGUGUAAAAUGGACUGUUUUGUGGCAUAAUGAUACAGAAGUCGAUGUCCUUUGAGCUGGGUGUGUGGUCCUCUGUUGUGGUUUGCUCCUUUUUUUCCUUUCAAACAUCUUUCAUCCUUAUCUAUCUCUCCUCCUACUUGGUAUGUUAUUCUUAAGUAACACUUCUUAUCUUCAGCUUUUAUAUUAUGACCUAAUUGUGUUGCAAAUUCUGUAAAACUUCACAAAACUAAACUAAACUAACCUGGAGAAAGGCGCAAGACACUUGCUGUUCUUUUACUCUCAGCAGACGGGUGAUGUCCCAGUCUUUUCUGUCCCCCUUCAUGUGAUCCAGUUUUUGCCUUGCACGGAGAGAUCAUUCUGCUGUGACACUGUCACAGUCUUUCACAUGUUCUAUUUUGUUCUAAUUUCUCAAUUUCUGAUGAGAUCAGAAGGGUGUGUUUGGUGAGGAAAACUUACUGUCAACUCAUAGGCAUGUCCUUUGAAUUAUUUUCGUGGUCUUUAUUUUUUUCUCCGUGCAGACUGUUUUCCUACAGCAGUGUUAGCAGUGUCUUAGUUGGGGGUAAGAGGAUGCCACUGAUCUUUUCUUUCCCUCUCUGCACUAUACGUCUAUUAAUGUGUCGAUGUGCUUCUCUUUACUCAAACGCAAUGUCUUACCGUUGCGGCCACUGCCAGACUGCGAUUUGUCUGACAAUGUGUUGCUCUGGAACUCCCUGAGUUCCUGCAGUUUUAAGCCUCGGCCUUUUCCUUAGACAGUUCAGGCUGAACAUUACUGAGUAUUCUCCUAGGUAUCUGUCUGAAACCUUGUUUUUUUUCAAAAGAUGGAAGUCUCAAGUCUCAUGCCCCUCUUAGUUCUUCUUAUUUGACAUUGUGCUUAAGCACAAAUCCAAACGUAAGCGUUGGGGAAAGGUGUGGCUCUAAUCAUGUGUUCAUUCCAGCUCGUUCAUGAUCAGUUUAUUUCUUGAUGCAUAACCACUUUCAGGUUCCCUAUGGGAUUUUUUGCUCAGUUUCUAUUUGUAUGUAUAGUUUAAAAGUGUUCGGUCUUUUACAGUUCCUUAUCGUUUUCCUGUUAUGAAUGACUUACUUUGCCUUACGUAUACAGUAUGUUUCUGCUGUUUUCCCAUGUACAAAGCAUUUUGUGGUGAUAUGUACUCGUGUGUGCGUGUUUGUAUGUGCGCUUGUUAUGUGUAAAUUUAAUGUUUUAUAUCUGAAGAAGCCACAUGUUCAAAAUGCUGUUUCUGUUAUCGUAUGUCAGCAAUUACAAUCUGGAUUAUUAUGUUUAUUCAGUGCUGCUUAUUCCUACUGGGUCAAUAAUAUGUCCAUGUUUUUUCUUGGUGGAUUAAUGUUAUGUUCACAAGUCACAUCCAUGGCUCAGCAGUAAAUCACACUCUAUCGCAGCUGCUUGCAGCGGCUUAGCUUUUACAUGACUGUCUGUUUCUCAAGUAGGAAAAAGUUUGAAGAAAAAGUCUUUCACUGACUUUGGCCCUUCUCAAUAUUGUUCAAGUGUGAGCUCCAGGAGAUUUUUCAGCAUGUUAUCACAGUCAGGGCACUACACAAUUACCCAAGGAAUUUUAUGUUCUUUUGAGAAAACUUAAAAAAAAAGACUUUUAUGAUGUGAAAGUGCAGUUGAGAAAAUUUAAGAAAUGUGGGAAAAAAUUUAUAUUCCAAUCUCUGUUCUCUUGUGAAAGUGAGAUUGGACGCUUUUUUCUAGUAAGCAUCCAUUUGAAAAGCGAAAUGGAUAGAGAGGUUUGAGAUUUGGUAAGUGAGAACAGACACGAAGAUGAUGUGAUGAAUGGGUUAGAGGUGUAACCCACAGGCUGGUGUGCUGGAGUGUUGUUUUUGUUUGUUGGCGUGUUUAUUCUUGAUGUUUUUUUUGUUUUUUUGUAGGAUAAGAUGUGGAGGUUUUCUUGCAUAUUUCAGAGAUUCAUUUGUGUUAUUUUCCUGUUCUAAUUUAUGUUUUUAUAUCCUGUCAUGCUUUGCUCCUGUUGACCACAGCUUCAUGACAACAAUUUUUUAUCCUGUGACCCCCCUCUUCCCCCAUCUCCCUUUGCCCAAACCCUCCCUUCUAGUCCUCUCUCCUUCAUCCACCCAUCAGUCCCCUCUUUUAUUUCCCCUCAGUCCCGCCCUCGUUCAAUUCCCUCUUUGAAUAAACAAUGAUGCCCUCUGGACUGGUCCCCAGCCCCUUCUUGUAGUCCCCUUUCACUCACCACUUUUUCUACCCCUUUAUUUUGUUGUAAUGUUUGCCUUAACCCCGCCCCUGUGCCCAUGUGAGCAACAGGUGAGAAGUUCACAAGCUCUGCCUGUGCUGCAUCCUGAACUGAAUCACACUGUCAACAUUUGGUCUUUUCUUUGCGAGAGGACGUUUUUAUUGAGCACAUGGUCGUCUUUUACCAUCAAGUUCCUUCAUUUGUCAUACACACACUGUAUGGUAGAUAUUCUCAGUAUUUUAGAAAAGGAAAACUACCACUUUCAUUGGUCCUGAGAUGGAUGUUUUGAUUAUAAUGGCUAGUACAAUCCAUACCAUUAACAUUGUGAGGCUUACUCAUUGCUCCAUGUUUAUAAUAUAAUAUAAUAAUGUCUGGAUAGAGACGGUAUGGAUACUCCAGUGACCAUCCACCUAAAUGCCGUCAUUGACAUUGUUUAACAUCAUUUACAAGCCUGAGCUCAUAAUCCACAUGACCACAUGAGUCUACUGGUGGGAACUCUGUUCACUUUUAAAAUAAUAUUAUGAUGAUUUAUCAACUAAAAAUGAAGACAGUUUCAAAGAUUCAGAUAUGCUGUGGGAAUGUAUAUCCAGUUGAAUUGUGUUUGGAUAAAGCGUAAGCUGUCCUAUGCAUUCUCUUCAGCUAUUUUUUGUUCUUUACCACAAUUUUUCCCGUCAUCAUGUUGCUGGACAGCUCUUUGAAAAAAUAAUGUUUUAUGAAAGCAAAUCUAUUGUUAAAGCUUAAUUUGUAUGCUCAGAGGUGGUGGAUGGACCCAGUAAGUAAGUGUAGUUGCUAUUGUUAAAGAUUCUUAUGCGUGGCUGGAUUUCGCUCGGAAAGGAGUGUUGAUAUGUUGUAAUAAUGUGAAUGUCUUCUUUUGUCUUUAUUUUUUAAAACUCUCUCUUUGAAAGUUUUACAUGCAGUUAGUUGUAAUUGUCUUUUUUAAAGGCCAUUUUGCUGUAUGUAGGAGGUUUAGCGAAGGCAUUUCUGCCCUCAUACUGUCUGCUCAGUAUUGCUGCUGAGUAUAGCCAAGUUCCCUUCUCCGUUUUGUUCCCUAGUUUGCAGAAGUAAGAUACCGCUUGGUGAUUUGUUGUCCUUUGUAGAUGAUUUUUUGUAUGUUUCUAUAUUGUCAGUGGAUGCUUGGGUUUGGUGUACUUUAGUGUUCAAGUGAUGCUGACAGUUUUGAGCACAGAAGGCCCUUCUCUUUGCGCUGACCAGGAUUAUUACUGUACCGUUUUUUUGUUGCUAUAGGCCAUAACUCGAUCUAUUCCAUUCACCUCUUUUGCCCAAUUUUCCUGUCUUUCCAUGAAGCAGAACUUGGGAGAAAUGCUGUAUAUGUGUUUGCUCACAUGUAUGUGUGUUUCCUGAUCCAGUUUCUCCUUGUUCAGGUGAUCAGUAGCUGGCUUUACAGCUUAGACAUUUGUUUGCUUUCUGUGGGGAAAAGAAAAUGUUCACCUUUUAUUUUUAUUUUUAUUUUUAUUUUUAAAUUUUUUUUUUUUUUUCGUGGAGAAGUAGACUGACUUUGGCAGCCUUUUGUAUCAUGAUGUGUGUUAUUCUGUGCUCUCUCGGUGGCAACUUGUUGGUCAGUCAGGUUUAUGUCUGGCACUAAAUACAUAAUAUUCUUUUGUGUAAUGCUGUCAAAAGGUUUGAUUGAAAGAGUAUGUGUGUGUCUAUGUCUGUGUUUGUGUGUGUAUCUGUGUCUGUGUGUGUCAGGUAGGUAGAAAAAUUAAUAUG